UUGAGUUAACAAAUUCCACUAAACGAAUUCACACAAGAUUUUAUGGUAUUAAAAUCUGAAUAGUAAUGAAAUGAGUUAAGAAUCCGCAUCUGUUUAAUUUGUAACCUCAGCAUCAGCAAUAGACAAAAACAAAGCAAUGGGAAUAUAUAUGAAUUAUCAAACAAGGAUUCCUUCCUCCUUAUUUCUAUCGAGAAAGUGAUUAUAUCACAGCCACCUCAACAUCUCCAUGGGAUAUUACCGCUGAUUCUACGUAUGGAUGCCGAGAAGCACAAGUUGAGAGGCUGGAAAUGGUGGCUUACUCUUCUCCUUAUCACCACCCUCCUUAUGGCUGCUUUUUACAUCACUCUCAGGAGAGAAUUCCGAUCGUUCAGCGUUUUCAAUCGCUCUCGUAGACGGCCGGAGGUCGUUGGAAAAUAUGCCGAAGCUCUGAGUAUUGCACUGUUGUUCUUUGAUGUUCAGAAAUCUGGUAAGUUGGAGAGGAGUAGGAUUAGUUGGAGAGGAGAUUCAGGUCUGGAAGAUGGGAAAGAGGAGAAUUUGGAUCUCAGCAAAGGACUGUACGACGCCGGCGACAACGUCAAGUUCGGACUACCCAUGGCGUUCACAGCGACGAUGCUAUCCUGGGCGAUUCUUGAAUACGACGAGCAAAUGAGACGGGUGAAGGAGACGCAGAACGCCAAGGAUUCGUUGAAAUGGAUCACGGACUAUCUCAUCAACGCACAUCCAUCUCCCAACGUGCUCUACGUUCAGGUGGGAGACCCCGAAUCGGACCACAAAUGCUGGCAAAGGCCGGAGGUUACUACAACAGCUAGACCUCUGACACAGGUGAAUUCGUCAUAUCCUGGGUCGGAUGUCGCUGCGGAAACCGCAGCGGCCAUGGCAUCUGCGUCGCUGGUGUUCCGGUCGACGGAUACUGCUUACUCGAGGCUGCUUCUCAAGCACGCUCGGCAGCUGUUCACGUUUGCAGAUUCCUACAGAGGUUCUUACAGUGAGAGUAUCCCACAAGUGCAGAAGUACUACAACUCCAGUGGCUACGGUGACGAGCUCCUCUGGGCUGCAGCUUGGCUUUACCACGCCAGCGGAGACGCAUCGUACCUUCGAUACGUGACCGUGGAAGGGAACUACUUCGCUAAUUGGGGAGCAAACACAUGGUUUAGCUGGGACAACAAACUUGCCGGAACUCAGGUCCUGCUUUCUAGAGUAAGCUUUUUUGAGUCGAAAGAUAUACGAGGCGAAGAGAGUAUCGGUCUGCAGCUUUACAGAAAAACUGCAGAGCUCGUCGUCUGUGCACUUCUUCCAAAUUCUUCAUCAGCAUCUCAGAGAACAGAAGGUGGGCUUAUCUGGGUGACUCAGUGGGAUCCUCUGCAAUACUCCGUAGGCUCCGCAUUUCUAGCGCUUGUUUAUAGUGACUAUAUGCUCGCCACUCAAACGAGAAACUUAUACUGUGACGGAGAGCUAUAUGAGCCACAAGACAUACGCAACUUUGCUACUAUGCAGGCGGAUUACGUGUUGGGAAGCAAUCCAAUGAACACAAGCUACCUUGUGGGCUACGGAAGCAACUACCCUCAAUAUGUGCAUCACAGGGGUGCUUCGAUCCCAAUGGAUGCCAAGACGGGCUGCAGUGAUGGAUUCAAAUGGCUGAAUUCGACAAACCCCAAUCCAAAUGUAGCAGUUGGAGCGCUUGUAGGAGGGCCCUUCCUGAACGAUACAUAUAUUGACUCCAGGAACAACACUCUACAAGUGGAGCCGACCAUUUACAAUAGUGCAGUCUUGGUUGGUCUCCUAUCCGGCCUCACCACCACUUCAUCAGUAGCUCGUUCCUUCUUAUAGAUAUCUACUGUGUUUUCAGCACUAUAGUGUAUAGAAAAUCUAUAGCUAACUCUACAAUCCUAAAUAGUAACUCUCUUAGUGUUCUAUCA